CUGACACUGGAGGGCGGUCGACGAGGCCGAGUCUGGACACGAGGCCGCGUACGCCGCGCACGGUGCAGGAGGACCAAGCAGCCAGGUCGCGGAGGCGAAGGUCGCAGUCAGGUCGCAGCCCUGCCCAGCCCUGGGCUCUGGUUCGACUCUGCAGACUCGCCGCGGUGGCCCCGCCCUACCGCGCCCCGCCGCGCCGCGUCUCGGAUUCGCCGAUAAGUCAAGUCAGUCAGUGAUAAGUCGCGGUCGCGGAUGCCCGUCGCUGCGCCCCUGCGCCCCGUCGUCCUCACGUGCUGUCCACGGUCGGGACUUGCCGGGACGCCGCCAGGACGCCGCGCUCUCCGAUGCGCUUGCAGGCGCCCCAGGAUUGAGUAGCAGUCACCCCCGAACGUGUCCCUCAUGAGCGCCAUGGGGACCCUGGACGCGCUGGCGGCCUUCGUGCUGCUCAUGGUGCUGUGCUCCACGUCGCGCGUCGUGCGGUACUACGCCAAGUGGACCGUGUUCGUCGUGUGGUCCACGCUGUCGGCCUGCCUGCCCAUCCCGCUCAUGCUGCUCAAGCCGCUGGACUGGAGGAACGCGCUCUUCCCCGCUCGCAGCCUGCGGGUCCUCUCGCGCGUCUUCGGGGUGCGCAUGGAGGUAUCCGGCAUGGAGAACAUCGUGCCCGACUCGGGCAGCGUGGUCCUCGUCAACCACCAGAGCCUGCUCGACCUGCACGUCCUGGCGGAGCUGUGGGUGCGCAUGGACCGCUGCGCCGUCAUCUCCAAGAGGGAGAUCUUCUGGCUGUGGCCGUUCGGCCUGGCCGCCUGGCUGUGGGGCACCAUCUUCAUAGACCGCCUCAACCCGGAGAAGGCCCAGUCCACCGUCAACUCCACCGGCGAGAGGGUGCGGCGGCAGAAGACAAGGCUGCUGCUGUUCCCUGAGGGCACGAGGAACGAAGGACCCGACCUGCUGCCCUUCAAGAAGGGCGCCUUCCACGUGGCCAUCGCGUCCCAGACCAACAUCCAGCCCGUGGUCGUGUCCCGGUACCACUUCCUGGACUACAAGCAGAGCAGAUACGACUCAGGGACCGUGGUGAUCAAGAUCCUCCCGGCCAUCUCCACGGAGGGCCUGAACAAGGACGACCUGGCCGAGCUGCUGGACCGCACCUACCGCAUCAUGCAGGAGGAGUACAAGCGCGUCAGCGAGGAGGCCGUCAAGCGGGACAACGUGAACCUGAAGGAGCGCGAGCUGGCCAGCAAGUGAGCCAGUCGGCCGCCGUCGGCGAGGGGCUGCUGUGCUGCACGACGGCCAGCACGACGGCCAGCACGCACGCGGCCUCCAGCGCCCGAAAGCAGGCCUGCGAACGUGCCUGCGAACUUGUGAUACUGCCAAGCCUGGCCAAGCCUUGGCAGCUACGGACAGACUAACUGAAGGCAGGCGUUCUCGGCGUGGCAUCGCCCGACGCCUCCCCAUGUGAUUUCUAGUUUGCCACUUCCCCUCAUCGCGGUAUCGCACUUGGACCGCAGUCGAGUGACUUUGCCCCGGUGCGCGAGGCCAGCGAGGCCCGCGAGGCCCGCGAGGGGGCGUGGCGCGGCGGGAGUUCCAUUUCACGGUCCGCGAGUUUCGGCCGCCAUGCCGGACUGCCGGACUACCGGACGUUGACGUUAUGGGCUACACUUUUCGGAUGGCCCUGGCCACCGAGUCCCGGCCUGUCCCGGGGCGUUCUUGUCAUUAGCUUGUAUUUAUUUUUCUUAUUGUGUCUAGUUUUAGUGUCAAUAACAUUACGGAAAGGACUUGCUGUGAUUUGUA